UACGCCCGCUCCUCCGACUGAGCUCCAGCUCCGGUUUUUCCCUCCGCCAUCCUCACCCCCUCCCCGCCUCUCCUUUAACUCCCCCCUCCUGGGCUCGGGACUGGUUUCCUCCCUUAGCCCGCUGCCCUCAAUCCCAGCGAGGCUGGGGCUCCAGCUCGGUGUCCCCUUCCUCGCUGCCUUGCCCUGCUCCCCAUGCCGCCCCCGCCCGGCCCUCGGCUCCCGGUGUCCCCCACGUAGGCCGGCGCGCAGACACCGAGGUGCUGGCGAGUGGGCCGGGGGCGCGGAGGGCGCCUGCAGACGGCCUUCGCAAGGGCUGUUGUGGGGCUGAGCGCUCUGGAUCCGGGGUGCAGGCACAGCAAGAAGCGGUCCGCGUGGGAGCUGGGGGUAUUCGCCAGUCACCAGGGUGACUGGGGCUCCACAGCCUGCUAGCCACCCCUGGGGGUGAGCGACUUUGGGGGAGUUGGUGCCCCGCCCCCCAGGCCUUGGUGGGGUCAUGGGGGCCCCCCAUUUAGGGCCAGGGGGUGUGCGGGCCCUGCUGCUGCUGGGUUUUGGGGGGCUGGUGUCUGGGCUCAGUCUAGAGCCUGUCUACUGGAACUCAGCGAAUAAGAGGUUCCAGGCAGAGGGUGGCUAUGUGCUUUACCCUCAGAUUGGGGACCGGCUAGAUCUUCUCUGCCCCCGGGCCCGGCCUCCUGGCCCCCACUCCUCUCCCAGUUAUGAGUUCUACAAGCUGUACCUGGUUGGGGGUGCUCAGGGCCGGCGCUGUGAAGCACCUCCUGCCCCAAACCUUCUUCUCACAUGUGACCGGCCAGACCUGGACCUCCGCUUCACCAUCAAGUUCCAGGAAUACAGCCCUAACCUCUGGGGCCAUGAGUUCCGAUCCCACCACGAUUACUACAUAAUUGCCACAUCAGAUGGAACCCGGGAAGGCCUGGAGAGCUUGCAGGGAGGCGUGUGCCUAACCAGAGGCAUGAAAGUGCUUCUGCGAGUGGGACAAAGUCCUCGAGGAGGGGCUGUACCCCGAAAACCUGUGUCUGAAAUGCCCUUGGAGAGAGACCGAGGGGCAGCCCAUAGCCUGGAGCCUGGGAAGGAAAGCAUGCCAGGUGACCCCAACAGCAAUGCAACCUCCCGGGGUGCUGAAGGCCCCCUGCCCCCUCCCAGCAUGCCCGCAGUGGCUGGGGCAGCAGGGGGGCUGGCGCUGCUCUUGCUGGGCGUGGCAGGGGCUGGGGGUGCCAUGUGUUGGCGGAGACGGCGGGCCAAGCCUUCGGAGAGUCGCCACCCUGGUCCAGGCUCCUUUGGGAGGGGAGGGUCUCUGGGCCUGGGGGGUGGAGGUGGGAUGGGACCUCGGGAGGCUGAGCCUGGGGAGCUAGGGAUAGCUCUGCGGGGUGGUGGGGCUACAGAUCCUCCCUUCUGCCCCCACUAUGAGAAGGUGAGUGGUGACUAUGGGCACCCUGUGUACAUCGUGCAGGAUGGGCCCCCCCAGAGUCCUCCAAACAUCUACUACAAGGUAUGAGGGUUCCUUCCACCUGGUUUUCCUCAAUCCAGCCCUCCUUGGGGGUGAGUCCCCAGUUUAAUUCAUGGUGUGAGGAACACCUCUGCCAUCACCUUGGCUCCCUUUGCCCCACCAGCCCCUUGGUUCCUUCUGGCUGUAGUCCUGCUCUCCAAUUUUAGGAUCCCUUAAGACUUCCACUGUACUUCCUCCUGCCCUCCCCUCCCCCAUUUGGCUGUGGGCACUCCUCUGUCUCUGUCCCUUGGGGAAGGGGCACAGGCUCAGCCUCCUCUCUAAUCAUGACAUAGGUGUCCUUGUUCCCCUCUCCUACCCAGAGCAGGGGUGGGGACAGUCUGUCUUUUGGUUGGCACCUCUUUCUGCCUCUCACUGUGUUUCUCUUCUCUCUAUCUCUUAUUCUUUCUCUCUCCUGUCUCUAGGUCUGUUCUGUUCCUCUUCCCUAGCAUCCUCCUCCUUACAUCCCCUUUUACCCUCUUGGCUUCUUGUCCUGUGCCUCUCACGUCUCCUGGGUUGGGGCAUCAAAGUAUAUCUCCCCUCAGUUCUUGGCCCCUUCCAACUUCUUAUACCAACUGCUCCCCUUAGUCUGACAAAAAUGGGGGCCUUUAUGGGGAAGACUCUGGCACUCUACCCCAGCUCCAGACAUGGGCACAGGGCCGCCUUCUCUGCCCAGACCCAAGCUUCUCUGUACUUACUCCAGCUAUUUGGGGUGGUUGGGUCACAACAGCUUCCAUGAGAAGAAGUGUCCUGUUGUGUCCAGUGGCUGAUAGCAAGAUGUGAAUCAGUGGGGACAUUAUGGACUUGUUCUGAUGCUGAAUGGGCCACUUGGGACAGGAAGUGACUCACUCCAGACAAGAAGUGACCAGGCCUGGACAGAAAUGGCCUGGGAAGUGGCAGAAGCAGUGCAGCAGGAACUGGAAGUGCCUUCAUCCAGGACAGGAAGUAGCACUUCUGAAAUAGGAAGUGGUCUGGCUGGAAUUCCAAGUGGCUUAGUCUGGGGGGUAUUGGGGGCCGGUGGGAAGUGGAUGGUUCUUACCCUGUGGAGAAAGGGACAGGAGGAACUUCCUGUUUCAGGAGGAAGCUGGAACUUAUGACUGUGAGAGGACAGAUGUGGACUGAGAAUUUCCCUAGUAUUCAGUGGCACUUCCCAGGAUCUCCCUUCCCUUGUGCUCUGUGUGAUUUUUUAGGACAGCUAAGAUGACUGCCAUCUGCUAUGGCAGGCCCAAUUUGUCUUGUUCUUCCCCUUACUGUAUCCAGUAUAAUCUCUGUUGAUCAACAGGACUACCCCAAGAACCCAUGUGUUCUCCUCCCAGUAACCAGAUGGCUGUCUUGUUCAUGCCUUCUCCCUUUCAAACCCAACACAGCACCCUUCAUAGUGACCAAAAGGUGGCCUACUGGCUGGUCUAACUGACAGGGGUACUUAGCAAUGGCUACCAUUUCCAUAGUGACAAGCCUAUACCUCUUCCUGCUCUCUAGUGCACAAUGGGCUGUUGCCUCAGUUUUCUCCCAGCUCAGUUUUAUUAACGCUGCCUUUGGGCACCAAGUUAGCCACCUCAGUCACCAGCCCAAAUGGUUGCUUUGUCCACCAGAGGUCAAGUCAUCUCUCUGGCGCCGUAGUUCCCAGCUCCUUCCAGGGAACAGGAAGUUGAUAUUGCCAUGGGGGAGGUGGCGGGGUACAGCCGUCGCCUCAGCAGUUUUACUGUAAAAGGGAAAUUUGAACAACAAAAACCAAAAAAAAAAAAAAAGGAAUAAAUAAAAAAACUUUAAAAGUUGA